AAAAGAAGUAUCUGGAGGGAGAUCUUGCUUUUCCUGCAAGCAGCAGCAGCAGCUCCCGUGAACCUGCCAGAGCCCCAGCUGGGACCAGCCUCUGCUAGCAAUGAACGCUUCCUGCUGCCUGCCCCCCGUGCAGCCCACGCUGCCCAACAGCUCAGGGCACCCCGAAGCGCCUUCCUUCAGCAACCAGAGCAGCAGUGCGUUCUGCGAGCAGGUCUUCAUCCAGCCGGAGGUCUUCCUGGCUCUGGGCAUCGUCAGCCUAUUGGAAAAUGUCCUGGUCAUUCUGGCCGUGGUCCGGAACGGCAACCUGCACUCACCCAUGUACUUCUUCCUCUGCAGCCUGGCGGUGGCCGACAUGCUGGUGAGCGUGUCCAACGCCCUGGAGACCAUCAUGAUCGCCGUGGUCCACAGCGACUACCUGAGCCUGGAGGACCAGUUUAUCCAGCACAUGGACAACGUCUUCGACUCCAUGAUCUGCAUCUCCCUGGUGGCCUCCAUCUGCAACCUCUUGGCCAUCGCCGUGGACAGGUACGUCACCAUCUUCUACGCGCUGCGCUACCACAGCAUCAUGACAGUGAGGAAGGCCCUCGCCCUCAUCGCGGCCAUCUGGGUCUGCUGCGGCGUCUGCGGCGUGGUGUUCAUCAUCUACUCCGAGAGCAAGAUGGUCAUCGUGUGCCUCAUCACCAUGUUCUUCGCCAUGCUGCUGCUCAUGGGCACCCUCUACGUGCACAUGUUCCUCUUCGCCCGGCUGCACGUCCAGCGCAUCGCGGCGCUGCCGCCCGCUGACGGGGUGGCCCCGCAGCAGCACUCGUGCAUGAAGGGGGCCGUCACCAUCACCAUCCUGCUGGGGGUGUUCAUUUGCUGCUGGGCCCCCUUCUUCCUGCACCUGGUCCUCAUCAUCGCCUGCCCCACCAACCCCUACUGCGUCUGCUACACCGCCCACUUCAACACCUACCUGGUCCUCAUCAUGUGCAACUCGGUCAUCGACCCCCUCAUCUACGCCUUCCGGAGCCUGGAACUGCGCAACACCUUCAAGGAGAUUCUCUGCGGCUGCAAUGGCGUGAACUUGGGGUAG